UAGACGGUUGUCAUCGAACUUUUUCUCCUGGUUUGGCUCAGUCUGGCAAUUCCCGCCUCAAUCUUUUCGAUAGCCCGGCUACUUGUAAGUUCGAAUUUAAAUUGAGUGGUACUGAUGAAUGCUCGGAGAACUCUGUUGGUCUACAGACUUUACGAAUAGAGACUUCGAAUUUCCAAGAAACCUAUGCACGGGUUAAAUAACCGGUUGCAAAAAGUCAAACGGAGAGACCUCUUUCCCUUUAAAUCCGUAAGAUUUGGACGAGUUGUUCCCUCUUCUGCUAUUCGCCUUCCGGUGCCGCCAAGUACCUUGUGUCCAUUCUUAUUACGAAGACUUCCAUUGGGUGCCAGAGUGCUCGUCUCCUAGCCUUGCGCCAGGAUUGGUUGCUUGAUAGCUAGUCCUGGCAGGUGAUUGGUGAUUGGUUGUCUGAGCUCGUCCGGCGAUUGGAUGCCGGGAAUCGAAGGGGUGGGAGGCGGGAAUUCGUCCGGGAGAGCGUUGUUGAGAGGACUGAUGAGAACUGGAGGGGGAAGGCUGAGCGCCCCCGACCCUGCGAUCCGGCCCGGGUAGUAGCAGCCCGCUGAGGAAGAGAGAGAGGCCUGUGACCCUCUUUGCCAGAGCUGCACUGUAUUUGCUGGCGGAUAUCUGUUUUCUUUUCUCCCGUGAUUCGGAGCCCAGUCCGCGGUGCUUCAGUUUUCUUCAGGACAGUUAGGAAUCUGAAGUAAAUAGUAAAGCAUUAUGUCUUCAGUUUGGUCUGAAUAUACAAUUGGUGGGGUGAAGAUUACCUUUCCUUAUAAAGCUUACCCAUCACAGCUUGCUAUGAUGAAUUCUAUUGUCAGAGGAUUAAAUAGUAAGCAACAUUGUUUGUUGGAGAGCCCAACAGGAAGUGGGAAAAGCUUAGCCUUACUUUGUUCUGCUUUAGCAUGGCAACAGUCUCUUAGUGGGAAGCCAGUGGAUGAAAGCUUAAAUAAAAAAGCUGAAGUACCAUCAUCAUGUUGUUGUGUAUGCCAUUCAAAGAAUUUUACAAACAUUGACUUGAACCAAGGAACUUCACAUCAUUUCAACGGUCCAAGUACACCACCUUCUGAAAGAAAUGACACUUCAUCAGCUUGUCAAGACUCUCCUGAAAAAACUACGCUGGCUGCAAAGCUAUCUGCCAAGAAACAGGCUUCCAUAAAAAGAGAUGAAAAUGAUGAUUUUCAAGUAGAGAAGAAAAGAAUUCGACCCUUAGAAACCACACAGCAGAUUAGAAAGCGUCAUUGUUUUGAAAAGGAGGUACAUCAUUUGGAUGCAAAAGUUGCUUCAGGAAAGACCACAAAACUCAACUCUCCAUUAGGAAAGAUAAACUCCUUUUCUCCACAAAAUCCCCCUGGUCACUGUUCCAGGUGUUGUUGUUCUACUAAACAAGGAAGCAGUCAAGAUUCCUCAAAUACCACUAAGAAGGAUCAUGGGGGGAAAUCCAAGAUACCCAAAAUAUAUUUUGGGACACGCACACACAAACAGAUAGCUCAGAUUACUAGAGAGCUCCGGAGGACAGCGUACUCAGGGGUCCCAAUGACUAUUCUUUCCAGCAGGGAUCAUACUUGUGUCCAUCCUGAAGUAGUAGGUAACUUCAACAGAAAGGAAAAGUGCAUGGAAUUGCUGGAUGGAAAAAACGGCAAAUCCUGCUAUUUUUAUCAUGGUGUACAUAAAAUUAGUGAUCAACACACAUUACAGACUCUUCAAGGAAUGUGCAAAGCCUGGGAUAUAGAAGAACUUGUCAGCUUGGGGAAAAAACUAAAGGCAUGUCCAUAUUACACAGCACGAGAACUAAUAGAAGAUGCUCACAUAAUAUUUUGUCCUUACAACUAUCUUCUAGAUGCACAAAUAAGGGAAAGUAUGGAUAUCAAUCUAAAAGAACAGAUUGUCAUUUUAGAUGAAGCUCAUAACAUUGAAGACUGUGCUCGGGAGUCAGCAAGUUACAGUGUAACAGAAGUUCAGCUUCGGUUUGCUCGAGAUGAACUAGAUAGUAUGGUCAAUAAUAAUAUAAGGAAGAAAGACCAUGAACCUCUGCGAGCUGUGUGCUAUAGCCUAAUUAAUUGGUUAGAAGCAAACUCUGAACAUCUUAUGGAAAGGGAUUAUGAAUCAUCCUGUAAAAUAUGGAGUGGAAGUGAAAUGCUCUUAAAUUUACACAAAAUGGGCAUCACCACUGCUACUUUUCCCAUUUUGCAGGGACAUUUUUCUGCUGUCCUUCAAAAAGAAGAAAAAGUCUUACCAAUGCAUGGUAAAGAGGAGGCAAGAGUAGUACCGAUUAUUAGUGCUUCAACUCAAAUAAUGCUCAAAGGACUUUUUAUGGUGUUUGACUAUCUUUUUAGGCAAAAUAGCAGAUUUGCCGAUGAUUAUAAAGUUGCUAUUCAACAGACUUAUUCUUGGAUAAAUCAGAUUGAUACUUCAGAUAAAGAUGGAUUCUUUGCUCUGGCAAAAAAUAAGAAACGUUCAAGACAGAAAAUUGCAGUUCAUGUGCUAAACUUUUGGUGCUUAAAUCCAGCUGUGGCCUUUUCAGAUAUUAAUGGCAAAGUUUGGACAAUUGUUUUGACAUCUGGGACAUUAUCACCAAUGAAAUCCUUCUCAUCAGAACUUGGUGUUACAUUCACUAUCCAACUGGAGGCUAAUCAUGUCAUUAAUAACUCACAGGUUUGGGUGGGCACCAUUGGGUCAGGCCCCAAGGGUCGGAAUCUCUGUGCUACCUUCCAGCACACAGAAACAUUUGAGUUCCAGGAUGAAGUGGGCGAACUUUUGUUAUCUGUGUGUCAGACUGUGAGCCAAGGAAUUUUGUGUUUCUUGCCAUCUUACAAGUUAUUAGAAAAGUUAAAAGAACGUUGGCUCUACACUGGUUUAUGGCAUAAUCUAGAGUUGGUGAAGACAGUCAUUGUAGAACCUCAGGGAGGAGAAAAAACUGAUUUUGAUGAAUUACUGCAGGUGUACUAUGAUGCAAUCAAGUACAAAGGAGAGAAAGAUGGAGCCCUCUUGGUAGCAGUUUGUCGUGGUAAAGUGAGUGAGGGUCUGGAUUUCUCAGAUGACAAUGCCCGUGCUGUCAUAACAAUAGGGAUUCCUUUUCCAAACGUGAAAGAUCUACAGGUUGAACUAAAGCGACAAUACAAUGAUCAGCACUCAAAAUUGAGAGGUCUUUUACCUGGUCGUCAGUGGUAUGAUAUUCAAGCAUAUAGGGCCUUAAACCAGGCCCUAGGUAGGUGUAUUCGACACAGAAAUGAUUGGGGAGCUCUUAUUCUAGUGGAUGAUCGUUUCAGGAGUAAUCCCAGUCGAUAUAUAUCUGGACUUUCUAAAUGGGUACGGCAGCAGAUUCAGCACCAUUCAACAUUUGAAAGUGCACUGGAGUCCUUGGCUGAAUUUUCCAAAAAACACCAGAAGGUCAUUGAUGUAUCCAAAGAGGACAGAAAGUUUAUACAGGACAGUGAGUCUACACUUGAAGUGACCCAUUUGAAGGACAAUAGUUUAACUUAUUUAUCAGAAGCAGCAAGUCAUCUAGCACCAGAAAAUCCUGGGAAAGGUGAAGCAAAAAUGUGUGUCCAAGAACAACAGUGUCCUAAAAUAACUAAAAGUCCAUCUCUACCAAGAGGUAUCAUCUCCAGAAAGGAAAGAGAUGAUCCUGUAUUAUUGGAAGAGUCUGCCCAGGCAGUGAAAGCAGAAAAAAUUGUGAUUUCCAGGUCCACAAGCCCAACCUUCAGCAAACAGACAAAGAGAGCUAGCUGGUCUAGCUUUAAUUCUUUGGGACAUUGUCUUACUGGUGAAAUUCUGACUGCAGCACCUAAGUUCAGGUCACCAGAGGACUAUACCUCUAGUGUCUCCACUUUCAAAACAGAAAAGGGAUGUAAAACAGUUUUGCCACUCGUUGAUAAAUGUGAGUCCUCAUCUCUGACGGUAAACGCAUCAUUUGGACCAUGCCCUCAAUCAGAAAGCACUAUUUCUUCAAUAAAGAUGGAUUCUAAUCUUCUUAAAAGAAAUGAUUCCAAACAGCUGUUCUGCUGUGAAGAAGCCCUGGAUCCGGACACUGAAUUGUCUCUAGUUGGUGAAGAAGCUGAACUUUCUACUUCACAUAGAGCUUCUGAAACAGAAGCAGAGGAUGAAUCUAUCUAUUUUUCACCUGAGCUUUAUGAUCCUAUGGAUACAAAUGAAGAAAAGAAUGAUCUAGUUGAAAGUGAUAGAGACAAUAGAUUGGCUAAUCAUUCAAAUUGCAUUUUAGUUGAAGAUCUUUUUGAAAUUAGAACUAUGAAAGGAGUGGAUUCAGUCCAAGAAAUGAAAGCUGAGUAUUGCACAGACACAAAGUUGAAUAGACUCAUGCAUAUUAAAGAAAGUAAAAUCGAUAACAUUGGUAGUAAUGUAAUGUAAAAACAACUCAUAUAAACGAAUUGGAACUGGGGAAAACUUGUGAAACAGAUAUAAAGAAGUUUAAACAGUCUCCUUCCAAAAAUAAAGGUGUGUUCCCUGGUGUUAGGUAAUGAUACUUAACUGUAACACUAUAAAUAUAUGCUGUCAUGCUUAAUGACAAUUUCUACAUUGGAUAAAUGGUAUAAGUUUUUUAUUUUAAAAAUAUUUUUCACUUUAAUUCUUUGGUAUUAGAGUUUUUAAAAAGUCUUAUGUUCAGAAUGUAAGUUUUAUUGUUUUUGAGUUUUGACAAAAGUGAUACGUACAAAAUAUUUUCCUCUAACAAGUUUUCUUUACCUAUAAACAAUUUAAAAUUAAUCUGAAAGAUAUGUCUUUUCCUUUAAAUUUCACAUAAAUACUUGUAUUUUAUAGUCCUCUUCAUCCAUUUAUUUUCAUACUGAUACAUAAAAAUGAAUAGCAGUCUAAUCCAGUCACACCUCAGUCAUGUUUCACUAUAUAUUUACCUCAAAUCAGUAUAUUAUUUUAGAAAUCAAAGUUUUCUUAAAAAGUUUAUUCCCAUAUUAAACUGCCUACUUAAAAGCAAUUAAGGAUUCAGAAGAAAACUGUGUUUUUAUUUGAUAUUGCUUUACAUUUUUCUGUUUUUGAUGAACCAAAAUCAAGCACAUUUUAAGCAAAUUAUGUAAAGUUACAAAAUGCCAAAUGAAUGACUCCUAAUUUUCAAUUCUAAUUAUUUAGCUUCAUCAUCAUUGUGGAAAAAAGUGACAUGUUCUAGCAUGAAGGCUAUAAUUAUGAAACAGGAUAGAAAACUUCAUAUAUAAAUUUUAUAAGUAAACCCAAACAUGUAACUGCAGCCGAAAAAUGUUCUCUUAUUGUUCACUAAUUUUUCUGUAAAUUUUGACUUUUUAUGUAUUUGUGAAUGAAGCUAUACUUCUGAUCAAUAAUGGUUAUAAAAGAUGCACUUCUCUGUCAUCAUUCCAGAAAUAUAUUCACUCAUCUUUUCCUAAGAAACAUUGUUAUUCAGUGCACAUUUAGGCUUCGUGUGGGUGAUUUGAAUUGAAAUGUUAUGAGUUGUCAAGUUGUGGAUGUGGUUUAUUAUUUUCAAGUCAAAAUUCCCAGCAGUCAAGUAUUUUAUAUAUUCAUUUGGGUAAAUGAAUUAUUAUUAUAUAUGUAUAUAUUUGCUUUUAUUUUGAGGGUGUUUAGAUUGAAUACAGCUUGUUUCUAUAGCAUUAGAUAGUACAACUGUAAGCAUAGUUCAAAGAAAUUUGAAUUGAUAACCUACCAGUUAAAGAAUUCAUCUAUAGAUUAGGAUAUAUUAGAUCCCUAGUAUUAUAUAUUUUCUUUAGUUGAUCAGUGAGUAAUAAGUUAUAAACACUAGAAUAGAAGAUAAUUUCUAAAUUGUUUUUAAAAGGGUGAAACCAUUUAUCCUUUCUGGUAUAGUCCCUAAUCCACAGAUAAGGGUAGUGGGGUCGUAGAAAGAAUACCAGGGGGAAGACAAGAGACUGUGCUCUAAUCCUGGCUCUGCCACUAAUUUGCUAAGUCACAUUGGCAAUCACCAUGCCUUUUGAGAAAUUAGUUUCAUCCCUUAAAUGUGGAAUUUAGUACUAUAAAAUCAUGUAAAUCCCUUGCAGCUUUAAAAAUCCAUAGUUUAGGGGCGCCUGGGUGGCUCAGUCGUUGAGUGUCUGCCUUUGGCUCAGGUCAUGAUCCCAGGGUCCUGGGAUCGGGCCCCGCAUCGGGCUCCCUGCUUGGCGGGAAGCCUGCUUCUCCCUCUCCUGCUCCCCCUGCUUGUGUUCCCUCUCUCGCUGUGUCUCUGUCAAAUAAAUAAAUCUUAAAAAAAUAAUAAAAUAAAAAAUAAAAAUCCGUAGUUUAAAGAAAUAUAUGUUGAUAUGUUACUGAGUCAGUUUUCAUUUGCUUUUGUUCCAGAAUGCUUAAAAUAAAGUAAACCAUUUUGUAGAAAAAGUGAAAUGACACUUUAUCUACCUUUAAGGAAUAACUGAAUAUGCUGCUUAGUAACUUGAGAAGCAAGAUAUUUAUUUUUAACAGUGCUUCAAUGAAAACAUUUUUGACCCUUAAAAUUGCCUUUAGAAGAAUUGGUAAACUACAUGAGAAAAAUUAAGCCAAUAUUUUUUAGUCAUACCUUGAUGUAUUAUCCAUAUUAACCUCUAAUUUAUUCUCUCCAAAAUCUAAUUCUCUCUGAAGCUAAAAAUUUCCAUUAACUGAGAAUUAUGUAGAGAUGUGACACUAGCAUUUAGCGAUUCCAAAAGGUAUUUCAAAAAUUUUGUGCAGUGAUCUCACUAUUGAAACAGGUAUAGAGUUUCCAAAGAUAGCAACUAUGACCAAGAUAAUAUUGCAAGAAUAUAAGUACCAGCCUUUAUGGAGCACCUGGGUGGCUCAGUCAGUUAAGUGUCCAACUCUUGAUUUCAGUUCAGGUCAUGAUUUCAGGGUCAUGGGAUCAAGCCCCAGGUCGGGUUCAGCAUGGAGUCUGUCCCUCUCUGCUCGCUCACACUCUCUCUCUAAAUAAGUCAGUAGAAUCUUUAAAAGAUUUUUUAAAAAAUUAAGUACUAAAAAAUUAAGUACCAGCCUUGGGGCACCUGAGUGGUUCAGUUGGUUAAGUGUCUGACUCGAUUUCGACUCGGGUCGUGAUCCUCAGGGUCAUGAGAUCCAGCCCCACAUCGGGCUCUGCGCUCAGCAAGGAGUCUGCUUGGGAUUCUCUCCCUGUCCCUCUGCCCCUGCCCCCCUCCUUCUCUCUCUCUCUCAAAUAAAUAAAUCAAUCUUUAAAAAAAUAAUGAAACACCAGUCUUUAUAAUAGAGUAGGAGGUAGAACAUUUUAAUUAGUAAUAAUGUACUUUUAAAAGAUGUUUUGGAGACUAAGUUAAAACAUGUGAAAGCAUUUAAAGAUUUUUAUUUGAGAGAGUGAGAGCACGUGAGUGGGGUGAGGGGCAGAGGGAAAGGGGGAAAGAUCCUCAAGCAGACUGCACUGAGCGUGGAGCCCAACUCCGGGCUCCUUCCCAUGACCCAAAGUGAAAUCAAGAGUCUGCUGCCCAAUUGUUUAAGCCACCCAGACGCCCUUAAAACAUGAAGUUAAGAGUAUUUUGCACAUGGCAGACCCUCAAAUAUUAGCUAGUGAAUCAAUCCUAUAUCUGAAGUACACACACCCUUGCUUUAUGUGAAGAUUUCCCUGAUUAUGAUAGAAAGAUAGAUAGAGGGCGCCUGGGUGGCUUGGUUAAGCAACUGCCUUCGGCUCAGGUCAUGAUCUUGGGGUCCUGGGAUUGAGUCCCAUAUCCGGCUCCCUGCUCUGCAGGAAGCCUGCUUCUCCCUCUUCCUCUGCCUGCCAUUCCCCCUGCUUCUGUGCUCUCUCUGUCAAGUAAAUAAAUAAAAUCUUAAAGAAAGAGAUAGGGAGAUAAACUGACAAUAAAGAAUUAUUACAUAAUAGGAAGGAGAAAUUAUUUGGCUAGUUUAUUUCUUAAGGCUUUGGAGAUAUAUGUUAGAAAUUGUUUAUCAGGUAAUUUGCCUUACCCACUCAAUGGAUAUGAAAUAAUUAUCUUAUACCAAAUUUAUUUAAGGCCUGAAAGUAUAUAGAGCAUACCGGCCAGGAACCAGGAAAACUUCCAGUUGGAGAAAGAGAUUUAUUGAUGGAAGAAAGGUACAACAUAAAGAGUAGAUGUUUUAUGACUUGACUUUUGAAAUUUAGAUAAGUCAUUUAAAACUUUUUAUAAGGGUAUUGGAAAUUAAUGACUUCUUACUAUGCUGCUACUAUGCACUUAAUUAUUAAAUGAUUUUUAAUUUGCUACUGUAAGUUCACAUGAGGCUUUGUUUUUAUUCUUAAGAUCUUUGUAUUAAUAUUUUUAAAAAUUUUUAAUAUUUUUCUACAGUGACUGUCAUUUUUCUGAAGUAAAAUACAUUCAAAAUAUUUAAUUCUUUAGGAUUGCUUAUUAAGACUUCAUGAAAUCAAAGUCCCUCUUGUAAAAUCACUUGAAAGACUGGUUAUUGUAGUUAUUUAAUCUCUAAGUGAUGGCAUAUUUUUGUGUUUGAUUACAACACAAUUAUCCUUGCUCAUACCUCAGAUUUAUCAAUGAGCUGCACAAGAUUUUACUUUAACCUUUAUGAAUUCUUGGUAGUUUCUUAUCUAUUCCAUAGACAAAUGCAGUCAAUCUUUUAUAAAUAGAAA